AUGGCUGUGUUAUGGGUGGUUUUAUUUUUGGCCUCAGUGCGGUUAAGUGCUGUUACCGGUCUUCCUAUUGGGGCAACGCCGCAGGCCUACCCUCAUGAGUCAGAUGGGCAAGAAUAUUGGGGUUGGGGCUCGGAGGGUAGCCUGUACAUGCUGCCAGCGCUGGCGUUGGUAUUGACAGCUGUUGGAUUGCUUUUUGGUUGCACAUGGUGUUACCAGCAUAAAGAUUGUAAAAUAUUCACGGCGAGCGCGACGCACCUGCACGAUGCGCGGGCCAGGUCCCAGCCGCCCGACUCGGGCUUCUCGGAGCCGGCCAACAACAACAUCAGCGAGGACAACAACAACGGCCCCAUUUCGCUCAGGGAGAUGCAGAACAUCGCCAACAAUAACGCGACUGCUUACAUCGUCAGCGAGAACGAAGAACGGAAUCGAAUUAACCGGGAAUCCGUGGUCGAGUUCGAGCCGCUGCCUGGAGUACGGGUGCUAGACCCGCUCGAGAGAUGCGCGGAUUGGUUCGCCGGCGAAGACUUUCCCAGGAGUCAGCUGCAGUAUCUACGGGAAAUUGGGCGUGGCUGGUUUGGCAGAGUGGUGGAGGGUGAAAUCGAAGAUGGCCCCACAUCGGGUACAGUCGCUGUCAAGAUCCUAAAUCAAAAUGCCAGCCUUGAAGACAAAGCGCGGUUCCUGGACGAGGCUCGGAUGUACCGGGACAUCACCCACGAAAGCGUCCUGCCGUUUAUCGCCAAAUGCCUCACGGAGGAUCCUUGGAUCCUGAUGUUUGAGUUGUGUUCAAUGGAUCUUCAACAAUACCUCGAGGCGAAUCGUCCCAAGAUGGCAAUAUUGAACGAGAGUGGAGUGCCGUUGCAGCUGAUGUGUGACGUCAGUUCCGGUCUUGCGCAUCUUCACGCCAGGGGAUAUUUGUACGGCACUUUAUGGAGUGGCAGUGUCUUGAUUCGAGGGUCGGAAUCAGUUCGCGCAGUAUUAGGCCAAUACACUGUAAAUGAGCCCCAACACGAUUGUUUUGCGCCCGAGGCUACGAGGCAGCCGCCUGCGCAUACAACGAGCAGCGAAGUUUGGUCCCUAGGAUAUUUGCUAUGGGAAGUGUGCGCGUGGGGCGCACCUCCUCCCCUUACACCUCCACCCCCGCAUCUACCUUGUCCAUAUAGGAACCAUUUGUACCAAGUCAUGCAACUCUGUUGGAAUCCUAACCCAGAAAGUCGUCCGACGGCCGCCCAAGUACACGCACUAUUAAACCACUUGCACACAACACACUCUCAUACUGAAACAGAUGACCAACACUUUGAAGAGCGAUGGCAAAGACUGAAACCGAACACUAUCCCCAAAGUCGACGAGCACAUAGCCAUCGUCCACGCUCCGUCCACCUCCACAGAUUCACAAUUUGGCUCCGAUCUCGAGUUUGAAAGCGCACAAACGAUCCACGACUCCCUAAGCGUCGGUGACACAGCUGUGUCUCGCUCGAGCAGCAUUAUGUCCGAUAAAGAACCCCUCUCCGUGCAAAUGAAGUCCGAGAGUCUCAAUAACCUGCACGGCUCCUUUGAAGACGUGAGGAACAUCUACCUAACACACAACGAAGCGGCCGCCCUUGAAUGCCACCAGGGCAACAUUGGCUACGAGGAGAGAGAACAAGACCGCUCUGACAGUUCGGUCGAUCCCUGGCUCAAAGAGAUCAUCGCCGGCAGUCAAGACGAUGUCAGCUAUUUCAAAGAUGUCAGCGACGUGAUAAAGAACCUGGAUAACAUGUUGAAUUCAGAGAAAACUUCGAGUUCAGAAUCCAGCCAUCAAGCGAGCCCAUCGAGGGACAACCUCAGUUUGGAAUGCAAAAAGGAUCACCCAAUGCAGACGAGCCUCGUAAAGUCUCCGGGGAUCAGAAACUUCCAAAACAUUCUAGAGAUGGGUUUCGAUAAGGCGACGGAAGAGGAAGCAUGCGAUGAUGACGUCGAUCGUGACACCAUAGGAACCCUAAGCCAUUCAUUCGAACGCCACAGUGACAACACCAGCCAGUAUACCCUAGAAAAUAUUACCCCCGAAACGCCAAUCAAAGAUUUUACCACGAAUCUUUUCGAAUCUAUGAACGAACAGAACAUUAGAAUAAGUAACGAGUGUAAGUCUUUGCCAGAUGAAGAAUUGCCAAAUGAUAAUAUAGAAGAUAAAGAAUUCAAAGUACCUAAAUUGAAGGAAUUAACGACGGAUGAAACUAAGUCAGUAGCUUUAAUACAGAGUGAAGGAAUUGAAAAAGCCGAAGCGAUUUGUAGUAGCGAAGUAAGCCAAAAUCGAGACUUGAAUAUAGAAAAUACAACAUUGAAUAAUAAACAUGAAGAUAUAAAUGCACUAGUCAAUGAAACUAAAUCUAAUUUUGCUACAAUACCUGAUAGUACUUCCGAACCACUCAACGAAACAUUAAUACCACAGCGAAUUGAAAAUGGCUUUGCCCAAACUAGUGUUAUCGGGCCUAAAGAUAAAUCUUAUGUAUCCGAUAAUAGACUAGACGAUACUCUUACGCCUAAUAUUUAUGUAGCCACAGAUAAAAGUAAUCUAACUGAUUCCAAUUGUCUUCCAAAAGCUAUUAUACAUCAAACUGAGAUAUUUUUAUCGAAUGAAGUUGAGGCACAACAGAUGCCAAUUGACGUUGAUAAUGUUAAAGAAAUGGUGGAGGAGAAAGUUAAAGAGGUAAAUGAACAGGAACGACCAAAAGAGAACAUAGCAUUGAGAGAUGAUUCAUCUACACAUCUACAAUCUUUAAGAAUAGAACUUAUUCAUGAUAACCAAGAGAACGUUGAGAAGGCAAGUGACUUUGCCUCAGAAAAUGUUGUAGUUACAUCAAAGGCUGAAGGUAUUUCUUCGUCUAGUGAGUUAAUUGUAGAUUCUGUGCCGAAAGAUUUGGUAAACGAGGAAUGUAUAAGUGAAUCGGAAAAAGCACAGGACUUAUUAGAACAUGUAGGAACGUUUACAGAGCUUCCUGACUUAGUACAAAUAUGCGAUAGCUCAGCCGUGGCUAAUAACAAAUCUCCAAUGAUAUCUCAGUUGAGUCAUGAAAAAGUGCAAAACGGAAAUGAUCACAUACCUUCAGAUUCUUUGGGUGAUGAAUUUAGCAGUGUGGAUCAAAUUACAGCCGAAAAUGGAAUAAUACCAGAUGAAUUAUCUAUUAACAGCACAGUUUAUAUGGAUAUUGAAGGUAGCGCGAAAGAUGUGUCAAAAGUUAUCAAGGAUAAUGCCACUGAUGUGUCCACAUACAUAGAAAAUACAUCUUUUGUCGAAGAAAAAAAUGAAUCCACAAUGUAUCUAGAUCUCCCUAGCGUCAUUAGAGAAAUGGAUGUUUUCUUACACUCCGAAAAAAUAUUAAGUAGUGCUGAGGUGGAAUUUAAGGACAACGUUCACGCAAGUACGCCAAUCGGCAGCAAUAGUUCUGUCGAUAAUGUAGUCGUAGACCCUGAAGAUGCACCUGCCGAUUUAGAAAUAGCACCAGACUAUAAUCUUGCGAUAGCCCUAACAAAACUCGAACAAAAAACAGUUCUCGACACUUAUAGCCCGUUCGAAUCGCCUACGAAGAGCCAUCAAACCGACACUUAUGAUGAGAACAGUUCAGUCGUAUUGGGACCCUUUGAGAACUGUUCCCUCGAAAUAUUCAAAGGCUUGAAAACCGGCAGCGACUUAGUCGAUUUGCCUAAAGAGGAGCUUUUGGCGUUCUCCUCAAAUUUCAGCGAGAUCAAUCUCGAAACGCCGUCGCCGUUGCGCGACGGAAAUUUCUUGAAUGAAGUACCGGAUUUAAACGAUGAUUCACAGUACGAGAACGUUAGUGAACCAAAACGUGGCGAUGAAGCUCAAACUGAUAACAAUACAGAUGAAACAGAGGAACAAUCUACUACUGAGAAGCGCGUAUCUCCGUCCACACCGCCAAAUUCACCGGGCAACAUUCUAGCUUCGUCAUCGCAAGCCUAUUUAGUCGAUAUCGAUUUAGAGACCGAACCGAUUCAAAACAUCGAUAUUAACGAAAUCGAAGUGUCACAACUAGCGAUAGCCGAAAACGAAAAUAAUAUGAAUCUGGAAUACUCCGGACCACUGGUUGAAGAAGGAUUGAUUGAUUCCUUGGUAAUGAACGAAACAGUUGCGGAAUCAGUCUUGGCGGGCAAUGGGAGAGUUGACGAGACUGAGAAUACAGCUAUCGACGCCGAACGAAUGAAGGAGCUGAGGAACGAGUUGGAACUGAAACUGCCAUUAGCCCAGGUGGCCGGCAUCGAACCCGCUAGCUCCUGGACAGAACUGCCUCCUCCGCCGGAGUUACUCGUCACGUAUGGAGCUCUUAGUCCCAUAGCUGAAGAAACUGGACACCAGCUGACUGCGUAUGAGAACGAUGAUAAUUGGAACACGUCCGUCCGCACGGAAUCGUCCGAGAGUUACCCAGAACCAGCCAACAAUUCCACCGACGAGAUGACUGAGCUUCCGACCGGUUUGGCCAGUGCUACGCAACCCUCGCGAGAUCACUCCACCUAUACAAUUCAUUCCCACCAGACUUAUACUCUGCAUAAGGACGCAACGGCUAGCAGAGAGAUCACAAUGAGCGCUGACAGUCUUAACUGUAGUCCACUGAAGAAAGUCGUAGAGGAGCCCACGUCCCCGAUUAACGAUAAAACUUACACUAAGGAGGACGACGAUAAGGAAUCAAACUAUGAAAGAUUGUCGCAAGUCUCACCUUGUCUUAUAAGCCCUACUACAGACACCUCCGCGCCUGAUAACUCCGACAUGAACGCAGCCCUUUCAACUCUGUCCAAACCCACCUUGCCCACAGAUGCUAAAUCGUCGAAACCAUCAGAAACCCAAUGCUUAUCUAAAGCUACUAGUAUCGAUUCCUGGUGUUCCAAUGACACACUGUACAACGUGGAGGAAAACUUUGAUGACCUGGCGAUGGAUCCUGAUCUGCCUCUAGAUUACGAAGCAGAAAGGGAUAAAAGUGAAAGUGAAGAUACUCUCACUCAUAACGAUGAUGACAGAGAGUUGAGUCACACUUACAUCAUUCACGAUAGUAAGUCUGAGGCCUGUGACACUUUUUCUCCGGAUUCUAUCACCGCGAAUGAUAAUUAUACAUACACCAAAGUGAAAACUGGAACUACUCCGUCAGCAAACACCAAGUCUGAUCUCAAUGACUCAAAGAAUACUCAAACUAAAGACUUGGCUUACGGUACGCUCGGCUCCGGUAUGCCCUCGUUCUCGAAUUGCACUACGGAACUCGCUUCCGGCUUCGAGGACACGUGGAAGCUGCCACAGCCAGAGUUAGUCAGAAGAUCUCCUAUAGGAGACGAGAUUAUUUUUUCCCCGCCGACACAGGUCGAAGAAAAGAGUAUAUCCUUACAAAACCCGAAAAUGCUUAAGCCUCAGCUUAAUAAAAUGGACAGUGUUGAUACGAUUUUUUUCAAAGACGACAAAGAAAUCGAACAUCCUGAAGUUAAAAACAAUAGUCCCAAUUUCAAAGGCGUUACUAACGCCGUUACAAGUACCCCGGUUCUAGAGACAGAAGAAGAUAAUAAAGAUGUGGUACCGUACCCUUUAUCACAGAUGACUGCAAACACGGAAGAUAUAAGCGCUAUUAAUAUAUCAACUAAAGAGUCGUCGCCUAAUAAGAAUAAUGAUGCAAUUGAUAAACUCUACGCUACUCCCUUUCUAGAACGUGAGAGUGAAAUGGCAGAUUCAAAAUUUGAAUCUUUCUUUAAAUCGGCGGAAAUACAACCCCAAGAUUUUUCACAUAUUAAUAAUGAUAGGUUGGGUAAUGCUGCUAAUAGUGCUUCUGAUCAAAAACUCGCAUCACCAAAAGAUUCUGAGUUGACUGAAGGUAGCUUAAAAAACUACACAGCAUUUUUUACAUCGGCCGAAAUAAGACCACAGAACCUAUCUAGUCUAACCGCUGAAAGCAAAAAAGAAACAUUCGAUUUAGAUGAAAUAUUAGAUAAAAAUGUAAUAGGUGAGCUGGAUGUCGACAGCAGUCCAAAAAACGUUGAAAUGCAUGCCCAGUUAUUGCAACCUAACAACAUUUGUAACUCUGAUGUUGAUGAGGCCAACAAAGUCUUAAAUUCAGUACCUGUAUUAAAAGGAUUAGAUACUUCUUCUAAAAGCCAUACGUGUGAAAUGAGUGACGAUAAAAGUAUUCCGGCUAUACCAGAUGACUCCGAAACUAGUCUUAACAGCUUGAUAAAUUUCCAAUCUUUCGCACGGUCAGCGGAAUCUCGGCCUCAAGAUAUAUCGAAGCAAGAUGACACGAAUUCGACCGAAGUAUCUGACAAUCGACAACAACAGAGCCAAAACGGAGACAGCCUAGCCGUAUCCAAGAACGCGCUUUCGUAUUCUGAUUUUGAGAAUUCAGCUUCAGUAAAACCUCAAGAUAUGCACAGUUUAAAUAGGUCUAAUCAGAGCGACGAGAGCGGAGUCGUUCCAGAUGGAUUCCGAAAUUUUGAGAUCACUGCGAGGGAACGGCCGCAAGAUCUGUUCUCACUUAUCGAUUCUAGUUCUCUGUUCCUGAACAGUGAGAGAACAGCUAGUGAGCGCGUAAACUGUCUUUUCAGCCAAAAGAUUGACCAGCCUUCUACCAGCAAAGUUGAACCGUCGGUCAUAAUAAAUCCAACUUUUUCCUCUUAUACAAAUUCGCCAGAUCGCGAUGGCCAGCCGAAUAUAUUUGUAACUGAUUUGGAUAUGGACGAUGAAAAUGAGCAGCCCCAUUCUAUAAUCAUCACUGAAACUCCAAUGCUAGCUAAAAUGAGUCCAAAUAUAUGCAAUAUUAGUGACCAAAACGAUCCUAAUUCACCUACAGCAGAAAAUACAAUAGAAAAUACCGAUAUUGACUCAGGACUGCUAGAUUAUGAUAGAUUAUUAAAUAAAUCUUUUGUGGAAGAUUUAAAAGAACCGACUACUAAGGAAAACGAAGAAACGCAAUGUAACGGAACCAACGAAGUUUUCGCCACGGUACACUUUCUGAACGAAACGUUCGAAGAGCUGGUGGAAAGUAACGUGGACGAAAGUGAUGUAAAUGAGACGAAUAAAGGCAACUUGAAUGUGUCCAAAAAGCAAAGUAGUUCGGACGGCGAUGAAAGAGUGACGGCCGUGACACAAGAUUUCCUACAAAAUGAGAAGAAUUUUUGUGAACUCGAUGCUUUCUUUCCGCUUUUAAGUGACAUACGAUUCACAGGUCCCGGUUCAGAAAUAAUGAGUACAUCAUUCACGCACGACUCUCCCACUGAGCCGACGUCUCCCGAGGGCGAAAGAGAUAGCACCACCGAAAAAGAUAAACCAUCGGAGUUGUUGAAAGAGUGGGACAGCGAUACUGAUUCGCAUUCUACGAAUUCAUCUAGCGGAGAAUUUAUAUGGAAGCAAAGAGAUAGCGGUCAGCCGAGUCGCGCUGAAGCUGGUGAAUCAUUGCAAGAAGCGUCUUCUGUCGGAUCCGGGGACUCGGGCUCCGGGUCGGGCUCCGAGGGGGAGGAGGUCGAGUUCGUGCCAUCUUCCUGGGAUUGCCGUGCGGCACCCGCUAAGUCAUCACUGAGGAGCUUGGAACAACCAGCUGACGGCAAGAAACGGGUCGUAUUCAAACGGCAAAAGUACCACUGCGUGUACGAGUACCCUCGGGAAGCGAGCGACCUCGACGUGGAGUCGCCUGCGCAUUACCUCCCAGAUUUCUCGACUUAUUGCGAAUGGGACCCGCGUAGCGCUGAAGAAGCGGAGGUUGGUUACGGGCAGCUGUUUGCCGCGCCAAGUCCACUUGAUAUGUUUCCGUUGAGGGGGGGCAUCGCUUUCGGAGCCGACUACGAUGAGGACUUUUACAUAACUUCAACGGCACGGCCCUUCGAACUGGGUGUGCUCUCUACGAGCAGUCAGUUCUUCCCCGGGAUGCACCUAAAGCAGUCUCUCCUACCAGAACAGGAUGACUUCCCACCGCCUCCCUCUCCACUUCCCCCGUUAGAUCCUUCGCCCCUCCCCCUGUCUCAAACGCGUACUCCUUCCUUAGAUUUCACCACCCCCGAUUCUGGGGUGGAAGACAUUACUCCUGGUUCCACGGUUGAUGAGGAUAUAAAGAUGACGGAAUCAUGGAAACCAGAUAGCACCAGCUCGAGUGAAUCGGUGAGUCCGAGCUCGCCGGGUGGAGAGUUAGGAGGUUUAAGACACACGAGGGAUAAGCUAAAGCUGGAUUUGCCUCCUAGCCCCCACCUUCCCUCACCCCGGCAUAACAGGGUGUUCAACUUUGUCUUGGAUAAGCCGAAGCGACCAGCUGAAUCCAAUACUCCAUUAGUAAUGAGUGACGAGACCCCAAUAAUGAUGGCGUUGCCAGUCUCGAAACGGGACGACCCAAUACCAGAACCAACGUUCUCCACGUUCGGCAAACCGACCUGCAAGUCCACUGCUGACUCGAAGAACAUUGUUCUGACGGAUAAUGCUGCAUCACCUGAGGCCCAGCAAGAAGAACUAAUUUCUGAGGCUACAGAAAAUCCAGAGAUUUCGAAUGUGCCAGAAAUUAUAAUGAAAGCCGAUAUCGAGGAGAAGGCAGACAAAGUUGAGCCCGUGAAGGGUGAAGGCACUGUUCUGGACAGUGGCGAUGAAGAUUCAGGUAUAGAGAGCAGUUCUAAAGCUACCCUUGAACGAAAACCUGCCAACGUCACGUAG